UGAUGGCCAAGCCAGGUAAUGGAAACGGCCCCAGAGCAGCGCUUGGCUGCGCCAGGCCCGGCCGCUCGCUGCACUGCCGGCGGCUGUCGGUCACCCCUCACCGGCAGAGGCCCAGCGAGCCGGCACCCCUGUGCCCGCUGCCUGCGUGGCCUCUGGCCUCGCCUGUGCCCCAGGAGAUGCCGCAGCCGUGGGCCGUGCCCCCGCGGGGCAGAGCCGAGGCAGGAGGGAGAGGGCAGCGGCUGCCAGACUUCCUUGUCCGCCCGCUCCCCGCCCAGGGGCCUCUCCCGCCUGCCCGCCCCGUCGCAGGUGCGGCGAGGCCCGGCCCGGGGCCAGGCGCACAGCCGCGGGCCAUGGCGUACCGGGAGCUGGUGCGGCGCUGGCAUGAGGGGGUGCAGGCGGCCGACGGCGGCCACUGGGACACAGCCCUGGGCAGCUUCGCAGGCAUCCCAGAGCCGCCGUCCAGGAUCUGGUUCAACAUAGGCUGCGUGCAGCUGCUGGCGGGGAGGCCCGAGCAGGCCCUGCGGGCAUUUGACAGAAGCAUUGAGAAGGACAACUCCCUGGCUGUGGGCUACUUUCAGAGAGGGUUUGUCCACCUGCAGCUGGAAAUGGGUGCAGAAGCUCUCUCUGACUACCAGAAGGCCUUCAGUCACCUCAGGAAAAAUCCCUUCAUCGACUACAAGCAGCUGGGGCUGAGGCACAUCCUCUAUGCGUGGGAGGUGCUGUACAGCACUGCAGCAGCACAGUGCCAGCUGCAGCAGUGGCAGGAGGCCAGGCUCACCCUGGAGAAGGCUGUUGUGUGGAGGCCCGAGGGGAGAGCAGCAAUCCUGGAGCUGGCCCUCGAGCGAGUGCAGGGCCGCCGGCGGCUGGAGCCCAUGCAGGUGCCUCUCGGGGAGCUUUUCAGACCGCGGAAGCAGGAAGUUGAGCAGCUGAAUUCCAAAGAUUUCCUGGGUAAACCCAAGGUGAUCUCCUCCAUCAUUCCCAAUGAUGAGUACUUCGGCUUUGAGCCUCUCAGGUUUCAGAAGCAGAGCUCCUCUGAAGCCAGCACUGAUGCUCUGCGGGACAGUGAGGUGAGCUACUGUCGAGUUGUGUCCCACUACUGCCCCGAGGGCUGGCCAAGGCUGGCAGUGGCAGCAGGGAGCUUGGUCUGUGUGCUGGGAAGAGGAGCAGAGGGCUGGGCCACAGCCAUCCACGGGGGACAGGUGCUGCGCAUCCCCAGCUCUCUCCUGGAGCCUGCCACCCAGAGCCACCCACAGAUCACCAAUGGGAUUCCUCUCCCCCCUGCCCAGAUGCCUCCCAGCCGUCUGCCUGUGAAGCAGAAGCCAGGGCCUGCUGGGGGAGAAGAAGCCUCUGCCAAUGGUGCUGGCACUCAGAGGGAUGAGCAGGUGCCUCCAGCCUGUGCAGAAGCCUCAUGCAGUGGGGACAGACCUGUCGUGCUGAGAGCGAGCUGUGAGUGCAGCCUGGUGCUGAGGGCAGGCCAGGUGCCCUCUGUGGCACAGCUGCGGGCACUGCUGCAGGAGCGCCUCGGCCAGCAGGCAGAGAGAGGCAGGCUGAGCUGCAGGCACGCGGAUGGCACAGAGCUGGGCACGGUGUCGGGAGAGGAGGAUCUGGAGGGGCUGUGGCAGCAGCUGACAGAUGGCAGCCUGGUGCUGUGCUGCCAGGACUCAGACUCCCACUCGGCCAGACCUGUCCUCUACAGGAUGCUGGCCCAGCACCCUUACCCUGCCCAGGGGCCAGGGGACCUGGAGUUCAGCAAGGGAGACCUGCUGGAGAUUCUCUCUGAAGUGAACGAGGACUGGCUGGAAGGACGCUGCAAGGGCAAGACUGGCAUCUUCCCCAGGUGCUUUGCAACCCAGACCAGUUGUGGUGCUGCCUCCCUAUAGCAAGCAGGAGCCUUCUCCUGCCCAACCACACCACCUCCCAGGGCUGGGAGACAUCAGGCCCAGCGCACUCAGGCCACAGCCAGGAGCUCUGCUGACCCUGGACAGGAGAUGCCUCCCCUCACAGUCCCCAUGGGGUCAGUCCAGCAGCCUGUUCCCACAGCUGGCAUUGUUACCUCUGUGCUUAUGCUGCCAAGGAUGUGCCCAUGCAGGGCAGAGAGGAGAGGGGGACCUGGUGUUUGGCCGUGGGGAACCACAGCCAGGGGCUCAGGGGCUGGAUGGGAAGAGGUUAACCUCCCCUGCCUUGCUGCUCAGCCCGGGCUGACUCUAAGGAGGCCAAGGAGAGCCCUCUGUGAGCAGCAGGCAGAGCCCUGCUGCCCAGGUCCUUAUCUCCGCCGGCAGAAGGCUUUGUGCUCAGUUUGCUCAUGGGAUAAGGCCCUGGUGAGGACCACCAGAGGCCACCUGGCACAGCCAGAGGGCUCUGAGCAUUCCUCAGCCUGCAUGUUACUGCCUUGUGCUGCGUGGGCAGGGGUCCUGCAGCACAGAGCAGAGGUGGCUGUGGACAGUCCUGGCCUGGGGAGUGUGGGGCUGGGCUGGUGGCUGCAGCUGGAAGGACUGAAGAGAGCAAUUCCUGCAGCUGAGCUGGGCUGGGGCUCUGCUGGUCUGAAUAAACCCCUCAGGUGCCUGGAGCUGGAAGCUGCUGUGGGUUUGGUGUCUGACAAAGCUGGGCUGUGUAACCUGCAUAUGCAAGAAGCCCUGGGCCAGAGCUGGCAGCUCCUACCUCAGCUGCCACUUGUGCCCUCUGCUGAGAUGUGCCAGAAAACGCUUUGGAAGAGAGCUGAGAGUGCCUGGGGGAGGUUGUUCUGCCACACACUGCAGAGACCUCGCACAGCCUGCACAGGGCAGGACCCAGAGAAGGUUGUCCCCCUCCUCAGAGCUGAGGUGGCCACCACUGGUGUCACUUGCCUCCCAGGGCAGCCCAGCAGGACAGGAGGUGCCAAGGAAGCUGUGCCAGGCUGGUUGGUGACUCUCCUUUGAAAAACAAAAGCAGAUUUAUUUCCAGCUGGGAUUUCUCUGGCCUGUGCCAAGCCACCAGGUCUUGGUCAGCUUUAGCCAGGCUAAAGGAGUCUUUUUCCUCCUGGAGGUACUUACAGAGCUCAAGACACAUUUGACACCCUCAGAGAUGACCCAGCUGAGCCCCCUGAGCACUGGAGAUGGGUCUAAUGCCCUCAAGCUUCUCCUCCUUCCACCUUCUGCAGCACUUCCCUGCCU